AUGGACCACGAGAACGAUCCAGGAUGGCAAUAUCUGCGCAGAAGCAGAGAGCAAAUGCUGGAGGACCAGUCGAAGCCGUACGAUUCCAAGAAGAACUGCUGGGUCCCAGAUGAGGAAGAAGGAUAUGUAGAGGGAAUUAUCAAGAAGACUGAUGGAGAUAAGGUAAUCGUUGCCAUCGGACAAGGUAAUGAGAAAACCUUCAAAGCAGAUCAGAUCCAGGAGAUGAACCCUCCUAAAUUCGAAAAAACCGAAGAUAUGUCAAAUUUGACUUUCUUAAACGACGCCUCUGUUUUAUCGAAUCUUCGUUCUCGUUAUGGUGCCAUGCUUAUUUACACUUAUUCUGGACUUUUCUGUGUUGUAAUCAAUCCAUACAAGCGUUUACCAAUCUAUACAGAUUCCGUUGCUAGAAUGUAUAUGGGUAAAAGAAGAACUGAAAUGCCUCCUCAUUUGUUCGCAGUUUCUGAUGAAGCUUAUCGUAACAUGCUCCAAAAUCAUGAAAAUCAAUCUAUGUUGAUUACUGGAGAAUCUGGAGCCGGUAAAACCGAAAACACCAAGAAGGUAAUUGCUUACUUUGCCGCCGUCGGAGCUUCUCAGCAGGAGACUUUCGGAAAGAAAGAUGCUAAUCCAAACGAAAAGAAAGUUACACUUGAAGAUCAAAUCGUACAAACGAAUCCCGUACUCGAAGCUUUUGGUAAUGCCAAGACUGUGCGUAACAACAACUCUUCCCGCUUCGGAAAGUUUAUUCGUAUUCAUUUCUCAAAGCAGGGACGUGUCGCUUCUUGCGAUAUUGAACAUUAUCUUCUCGAAAAGUCUCGAGUUAUCCGCCAAGCUCCAGGAGAGCGUUGCUACCAUAUUUUCUACCAAGUAUUCUCUGGUCACGUACCAACUUUGAUUAAAGAUUUGAUGCUCGAUAAGCCAGUUAAAGACUAUUGGUUUAUCGCUCAAGCUGAGUUGAAGAUUGAUGGAGUUAAUGAUAAGGAAGAGCAUGCUCUUACCGAUGAAGCUUUUGAUAUCUUGAAAUUCUCCCCACAAGAGAAAAUGGAAUGUUACAAACUUGUUUCGGCUAUGAUGCACAUGGGUAACAUGAAGUUCAAGCAACGCCCUCGUGAAGAACAAGCUGAAACUGAUGGAACAGAAGAAGCCGAAAAAGCCGCCGCUAUGUAUGGUAUCGAUCCUGAGGAAUACUUGAAGGCUCUGACUCGCCCUCGUGUAAAGGUUGGAUCGGAGUGGGUCAACAAAGGACAAAACUUGGAGCAAGUCAACUGGGCCGUUGGAGCUAUGGCCAAAGGUCUCUACUCUAGACUCUUCAACUGGUUGGUCAAGAAAUGUAACCAAACUCUCGAUCAGCAAGGAAUUAAUCGUGAUCAUUUCAUCGGAGUUCUUGAUAUUGCUGGUUUUGAAAUUUUCGACUUCAACUCUUUCGAACAACUUUGGAUUAAUUUCGUUAACGAGAAACUUCAACAGUUCUUCAAUCACCAUAUGUUCGUUUUGGAGCAAGAAGAAUACGCUCGUGAGGGAAUUCAGUGGACAUUCAUUGACUUCGGUUUGGAUCUUCAAGCUUGUAUUGAGCUCAUCGAAAAGCCUAUGGGAAUCAUUGCUAUGCUCGAUGAAGAAUGUAUCGUUCCAAAGGCUUCUGAUCUUACCCUUGCUGCUAAGCUGAUUGAUACUCACUUAGGCAAACAUCCUAACUUUGAGAAGCCCAAACCACCAAAAGGAAAGCAAGCCGAAGCUCACUUCGCCAUGAGACAUUAUGCUGGUACUGUAAGAUACAAUGUUAGCAAUUGGCUCGAGAAAAACAAGGACCCUCUCAAUGAUACUGUUGUACAAACUAUGAAGAACUCAAAAUCAAAUGCUCUCCUUGUGGAAAUCUGGCAAGAUUACACUACUCAAGAAGAGGCUGCUGUUGCUCAAUCCAAGAGUGGCGGUGGAAAGAAGAAGGGUAAAUCUGGAUCCUUCAUGACAGUGUCCAUGCUUUACCGUGAAUCCUUGAACAAGUUGAUGAACAUGUUGAAUUCCACUCAUCCUCAUUUCAUCCGUUGUAUCAUUCCUAAUGAGAAAAAACAAUCAGGAAUGAUUGAUGCCAGCUUGGUUCUCAAUCAGCUUACUUGUAACGGUGUGUUGGAAGGAAUCAGAAUUUGCCGCAAGGGAUUCCCCAACAGAACUCUUCACCCUGAUUUCGUCCAGCGUUACGCUAUCCUUGCCGCUGAUGAAGCUCUCCUUGGUAAAGAGGAUCCCAAAAAAGCAUCAGGUGCUAUGCUCGGUCGUUUGGUGAAAGAGAAAAAGUUGGUUGAUGACAACUUCAGAGUUGGAUUAACGAAAGUUUUCUUCAAAGCUGGUAUUGUGGCUCACCUUGAAGAUAUGCGUGAUACUCGUCUCUCUGAGCUCAUCACUGGAUUACAGGCUCAAAUUCGUUACUUCUAUCAGCUUAUCAACAAGAAACGUCUCGGCGAACAAAGAGAAGGACUUAAAGUUAUUCAGAGAAGCAUUCGUAACUGGGUUAACCUCCGAACGUGGUCAUGGUUCAAGCUCUAUGGCAAAGUCAAGCCACUCAUUGCUUCUGGAAAAAUUGAAGAGCAGUAUGAGAAACUUCAAGAGGAUAUUGAAACUCUCAAGGCUACUUUGGAACAAGAAGAAGAAAUGAAGCGCCAAUUGAGCGAAGGAGCUGAGCGUUUGCAAAAGGAAACAACUGAUCUUCUGGCUCAACUUGAGGCAACUAAGGGUACAAACACUGAAAUUGAGGAACGCAUGGCUAUGAUGAAUGAGCAAAAAGUUGCCCUUGAAAACAAGCUAGCGGAUGCCACAUCUCGCUUGGAAGCUGAAGAAUCUGCAGCUGGUGAACUCACAAAAGAGAAAAAGAGAGUUGAACAAGAGUGUGCGGAGCUCAAAAAAACAUGCCAGGACAUCGACUUAUCUCUCAGAAAAGUUGAAGCUGAAAAAAUGGCUAAGGAACAUCAAAUCCGGGCCCUGCAAGAUGAAAUGCGUCAGCAAGAUGAAAACAUUUCAAAGCUCAACAAAGAGCGAAAGCAUCAGGAAGAAACUAACAAAAAACUCAGCGAAGAUCUUGCUGCCGCUGAAGAACAAAAUUUGGCUGCUAACAAGUUGAAGGCUAAGCUCAUGCAAACCUUAGAAGAUUCCGAAGCCACAAUGGAGCGCGAAAAAAGAAACCGUGCUGAUAUGGAUAAGGCUAAAAGAAAGGCUGAAGGAGAACUGAAAAUAGCUCAGGAAGAGAUGGAAGAACUAAGCAAAGCUAAGUCAGAUAUUGAGAACAGCCUUCGUCGCAAAGAAACUGAACUUCACAACUUGGGUAUGAAAUUAGAAGACGAGCAGGCUGCUGUUGCCAAGCUCCAGAAAUCCAUCCAACAGGAUGAAGCCAAGAUGAAAGACCUUCAUGAUCAGCUCGCUGAUGAGAAAGAAGCCCGCUCCCGCGCUGAUCGUGCUCGUGCUGAUCAGCAAGCUGAAUACGAUGAACUCUUGGAUCAACUUGACGAACAAGGUCGUGCCUGUGCUGCUCAAAUCGAGCUUGGAAAGAAAAAAGACAUGGAAAUCGCAAAGCUUCGUCGUGAUUUAGAAGAAUCUUCCCUGAAAUUCGGAGAGCAAUUAGCUUCUUUGAAGAAGAAGGGAGCUGAUGCUGUUCAAGAACUAAGCGAUCAAGUCGAGCAGUUACAGAAGCAGAAAGUUCGCUCUGAGAAAGAAAAAGGACAAAUGCAACGCGAAUUUGAUGAAGCUUCAACUCUUCUCGAUUUAGAAGCUAAGGCACGCGCUGAGCAAGAAAGAGUUGCUAAAUCGCACGAAGUUCGUUUGUUGGAGCUUCGUCUAAAGGCUGACGAACAAAGUCGUCAACUUCAAGACUUUGUGUCAUCUAAGGGACGUCUCCACUCAGAAAACUCUGACCUCAGCAGACAAGUCGAAGAGCUUGAGUCGAAAAUUCAAGCUGCCACCCGUCUUCGUCUCCAAUUCUCCAACGAGCUUGAUCAAGCUAAGCGUUUGGCCGAUGAUGAAAGCCGUGAGCGACAAAAUCUCAGCAACCUCUCCAAGACACUCACUCGUGAGCUAGAACAACUCCGUGAAUCUAUUGAGGACGAGAUUGCUGGCAAAUCUGAAUGUACUCGCCAACUUCAAAAGGCUCAGGUUGAGCUAGAACAAUGGAGAGCUAAGUUUGAAGAAGAAGGUCUCAUUGGAGCCGAUGAAUUCGAUGAAGUCAAGAAGCGUCAACACGCUAAAACUAGCGAAAUUCAAGAUCAGCUUGAUGCUUGCAACGCUAAGAUAGUUGCUUUAGAGAAUGCACGUAGCAGACUAACCGCCGAAGCUGACGCCAACCGUCUUGAAGCUGAACAUCACGCUCAAGCUGUCGCCUCCUUGGAAAAGAAGCAAAAAGCUUUCGAUAAAGUUAUCGACGAAUGGAAGAAACGCGUUGAUGAUCUUUAUCUCGAGCUUGAUGGAUCACAACGUGAUGCCCGCCAACUCGCUGGUGAAGCACAUAAGCUUCGUGGACAACAUGAUGCUCUGGCUGAUCAAGUUGAAGGACUCAAGAGAGAGAAUAAAGCCCUUGGCGAUGAAGUUAGAGAUCUUUCUGAACAGCUUGGGGAAGGUGGACGUGCCACCCAUGCUCUACAGAAGACACUCCGCCGCCUUGAAAUGGAGAAGGAAGAACUUCAAAGAGGACUUGAUGAGGCUGAAGCAGCCCUUGAGGCAGAAGAGAGCAAAUCCCUCCGCUGCUCCAUCGAAGUUCAACAAAUUCGUGCUGAAAUUGAGAAACGUAUUGCUGAGAAAGAAGAAGAGUUUGAGAACUCUCGCAAGGUUCACCAGCAAACCAUCGAUUCCAUUCAAGCCACUCUUGAGUCUGAAAGCAAAGCUAAGGCUGAUUUGUUCCGCGUUAAGAAGAAGUUGGAGGCCGAUAUCAAUGAGCUUGAGAUCGCUCUCGAUCAUGCCAACAAAGCCAAUGAAGAUGCUCAGAAGAAUAUCCGAAGAUAUAUGGACCAAACUAGAGAGCUUCAACAAACUAUCGAUGAAGAACAAAAGAGACGUGAAGAGUUCAGAGAGCAUCUUCUUUGUUCCGAACGCAAACUUGCUGUUGCCAAACAAGAGCAAGAAGAACUCAUUGUCAAACUUGAAGCUAUUGAGCGUGCGCGCCGUGUUGUGGAACAAUCAGUAAAGGAACACCAAGAACAGAACAAUGAACUGAACAGUCAAAACGUUGCUUUGGCUACUUCCAAAAACCAACUCGAUAACGAGAUUUCUCUUCUCAAGAGCGACAUUGCUGAGGCUCAAGCUGAACUUUCGGCUUCUGAGGAACGCGGAAGACGCGCUAUGACUGACGCUGCUAAGCUCGCUGAAGAUUUGAGACAUGAACAAGACCAUAGUCUUCAAAUUGAGAGAUACAAGAAACAACUUGAAAGCCAAGUUAAGGACUUACAAGAUCGCGCUGAUGCAGCUGAAGCUUCCGUCAUGAAGGGAGGAGCCAAGGCUGUUCAGAAGGCUGAGCAACGUCUGAAGUCUCUUCAGACGGACCUCGAAAGUGAGACUCGACGAUCAGGAGAAGCUUCAAAGAAUUUGGCUCGUGCCGAUAGACGUGUUAGAGAGCUCGAAUUCCAAGUUGCUGAGGACAAGAAGAACUAUGAUAAACUCCAAGAGUUGGUUGAAAAACUGAGCGCUAAGCUCAAAAUCCAAAAGAAGCAACUCGAAGAUGCGGAAGAGCAAGCAAACCAUCAUCUUGGAAAGUACCGCACAGUUCAACUUCAAUUAGAAACAGCAGAAGAACGUGCUGAUUCUGCUGAACAGUGUUUGGUUCGCAUUCGCUCGCGCACACGCGCAGUUCAAGAGAAAUAA